GGGUGGAGGGGAGGGGGCGGGGCUCCUGCUCGGCUCUUUCGCGGCUCGCCGUGACUAAUCGGGCUCGGCACUGGGCUCCGUUUCGCUCCGUAAAACGCUGCUCACCUGAGAAAUCAGCGUGAGCUUCUGAUCUCCAGGUAAAACCGUUCGGGCUUCUUACCGCUGUGCUUUCUGCUCCUUCAAGGGCCGGAUACCGACUUUGUGCAACUUGCCCAACAUUUCCCUUCUUAUUCGGAAGAGUUGGUGCGGUGUGGGGACCUGCACGGACUUGCGCCGAUUAAAGCCUUGCAGACUCUCCAAGUGCAGCUUUGCUUGUGUUCACCCGAGUUUUACUGCAUAAAAAGUUUAUCGAUCUCAUAGAAAAGGGGGUAAUUGAAUAAUCCAGCUAAACUCAGCCGUUAUUGUGGCGUUUGUACUAUUUACCUUUUAAAUCAUCUGGGGUGUAGUUGCACAAGUGUGCGCAAUAUUGUAAAUUGGUUUAGGAGUUACGAAUAAGAGAUCGAUUUUUUUGUUUUAAGAUAUCACAGUAAAAUUAAGCAAAGUGAACAGUUUAAACUGCUUAGAUUGUCACUAUAAACAAAUAAACAUCUUGGCGUAACAUGGCAAGCGGCGGAUUUAAAUCUAACUCAGCCACGGAUUUUCUGGAGGAAUGGAAAGCGAAGCGGGAGAAGCUGAGGGCGAAGAUGCUGGGGGACAUCGCCGCCUCCACUGGCGCAUCCCUGGGGGGCCCCGUCAAAAACGAGGCGCGCAUCGCGCCCGCGGGCUCCGAGGCCAACGGCGGCGGGAACCUGGAGCGUGGCGGCUCCGCGUCCGUCCUUUACGCCCCGUCCCAUGCCGUCCUCCGAUCAUCAUCGGCGUCUGCGCUCAGGAGGCCGGACGACGAGCCCCAUCAGCUACCGACCACCAGGACUGUCGAUCUCCAGGGCGGGGGUCUGAAAAAGACACCCCAGGCCGAGAAGUUGCCCGGUACCCCGCUGGCAGACGGCGGCGGCGGCGUUUGCAAGGAGACCGACCAAGACAGCCCGUCACCGGGAAGUGGCUCCUCCGGUAAGGGCAAGGAAAAGAGGAGCUCGGGGCCGAGCGCCCGGAAGGGCAAAGGGCAGAUCGAGAAGCGAAAGCUGCGGGAGAAGCGCAGGUCCACCGGGGUGGUCAGCAUCCCAUCCAACGAGAGCCUGGAUGAGCUGGAUGAUGAUGGUGAUGAAGGCCAGAAGGAAAGGAAGAGGGAGGAAGCCCUCACGCAGCUCAACACCACCCAGAAUGAGACCAUGAGCUUGGAGUUUGGGGCGGCCCAUUCACUGCAGGAGACCUCCAGACCUGUGGCUGGUCGCUACAAAAGCGCGGGGGGUCCGAGCCACGAAGAGGAUGCGGCGGGGAAUGGGUGGCACCGCCAGAGCCGGGCCGCCAUGGCUGCGCUGGAGAGGAGGAUCGAAGAGCUGGAGAAGGAGCUCGCUCUGGAGAGGCAGGAGAGCGCACGGAUGCUGAAGGGCCUCCAGGACAAGGACGAGCUCGUCGGCAAGUUGAAGGAGGAGAUCAACUUACUCUACAGGGACCUUGAUGAUGUCGAAGACGAGAAUGAGCAGCUCAAGCAGGAGAACAAGACCCUCUUGAAGGUGGUCGGCCAGCUGACCAGGUAGAACCUCCAUGGACCGAAGAGUCCUGAUGGAACGAGACUUGAAGCUUCGCCAAGCAGUGGCCAGUCACUCCGGGCCGCAUAGCUGAGGAGAUCCCAGGUAUAUGAGGAACCCCCAGAGCCUUAAAAGCACCAGGAGUGAAAUUCAUUGUCUGUGGUCAUUGUCUAUUUUCUAAUAGUUCUCUGCAAUUUACACGCAAAUGAACACCAGUGAUGGGGGAAUUACGGGAUCACAAGUGUGAGAUUGGCAAGUCUGCAGUAACUAUUGGGAGACCAUGUAUUAAAUGUAAAUGUUUUUGUACAUAGACUGCAUUUUGAUAGACACUCAUUAAAUAAGGUAUGUAUUUUUCCUCCCUACAUUUGCUUCAGAUUAUUCACCCCUCAUAGACAAAAAAACGGUGAGUUCUUCCGGUCGGCAACGUUUGAGCGACAAUUCGCUAUGGUUUCCGCCAGACUGUAAUCCUUCUGUGUGCUUCAUGCUGGCUAAAUUGGUGGCCAUACUGUUUUUCUGAUUGGCUGACAUGAAAUGCGUUACAUUAACUUUAGUGUUUUAUGAGAAGACGUUAUCCCUAAAGGUGCAAAAGCAGCCUGAAUGACAUUACUAAAUGGUGCUGGCCUAUAUAUGCCUGUUACACCCCUGGUGGUGGGGUGGGGGGGGGUAUGAUAUUACUGGUGAGGGGGCUGAAGAUUAAAACUUACAGUAAUAUGACAUAUAAUUUUAUGAAAAUUGUUGGUGAAAUGUGUGCUUUUCCUGUUGAACACUUACCUAGGUAUGGAUAAUAAAUAAAAAAAAUAUUUCUAUUCAAACUUAAUGUAACCUGAUUGUAAUUAUUUUUUAUCUUCGCUGUGAGCUAUCAGACUUCUGAUAUUUGUUGAUUUCCUGGGAGGAAUUCGCCGACAAGUCAGACAUACCAAUCUGAAUUUUUUUUUCUUUACAUUUCUGUCUUAGUGGCGGAUUAGCCGCGGUUAUUGCGCUUCUGUGACAAAUGUGUGUCUGUCCUUGUAUGUGUCUCUCUGUUGAAAGAUCUCUGUACACAGCCCUCCACAAGAGACCCACCUAAUAAAUGUUUAAUUAUACAUUUCCAAAA